AUGACGACACCAACGAUGGAAAGGACGUCUAUAUUGACGGAACAUUUAGGAUAUCCGCCAAUUUCGUUAGUAGAUGACAUCAUCAAUGCGGUAAAUGAAAUAAUGUAUAAAUGUACGAAUGCAAUGGAAAAAUACCUGAUACAAAGGGGUAAUAUUGAUGGAAAGGAUUUUUCAGACGAGAUAAAAGUUGGUACUGCAAAAUUAGAGUCUUUAUUGGAAAACUCUGUGGACAAGAACUUUGACAAACUAGAACUCUAUGUGUUGCGUAACAUCCUUUCGAUACCAUCUGAUUUAGUAGAGGAAGGAAAAUUCAGACUUCUGCACCAAGAAAAUAUAAUCUUGGCAAAUGUUGCUUCUCGUAAACAGACGGACGAUUCUGUACGGAUGAAACUUGAUGAAAUUAGCAGACAAUAUGAGCUAAAUCAACUAUUGAAUGAAAGAAUAAACAAUACAAAGGCACUUUUAAAAGAAAUUGUACAAUUCAAAACGAGAAUUUUAAGACUUUUACAAUGCGAAGAUCCGCUGACUUCACAUCUACAUGAUAUCUGGAACGACUUGAAACCUUUGGACAGUGCAAUCAAGUUGAUAACGUCAAGGCUAAAACAGAUUUAUCUAGAGAACGAAGAGUUCUGCUCCAUUGAUCAAAUUCAGAGACUGGUAAAAAGAUAUAACGAAUUAAGAAACACGUCUAUUGUAAGAAGUGGAUAUAUACAGAAAAAGUCACAACAUAUAUUGAAUGAAUUGAACAUAAGUGUAGAACCAGUUAAUCAAUCGAAUAGCGAUCCCAACUCAGAAGCGGUACCGUCAGAAUAUGAAGAUGUUCCGGUUGUUGAUCAUCCAGAUUGGUCAUCCAUACAGAAAGCCAUUUAA